GUUGCAAGCUGGUCGAACUGCAGCGACGGGUGCGGUCGCGGUUUGCGCCAGCGCCGCGUCCUUUGCUCAGGUGGGCGGGAUGACCUUUGUAUCGCCCUGCCACGGCCGGCGGAUGCAGAGGUUUGCGAUGAAGCCGCCAGGCCGCAGCUUGGCGCUGGCUGUGGCUGGCAGGUGGGCCCUUGGGGAGCCUGUGGCGCCGACUGCGCACCCCGUGGACGCGAGGUCACCUGCGGCGGCAAUGGCUCCGCCCUGGGCGUUUGCUUCGGUCGGAAGCCGGCCGAGGCCGAAGCUUGCCAGGAAGAGGCGUGCACCGCGCCAGCCCCUGGCAACGAAACUAGCGCCAGGUUCUCCCUGCAGUUCCUUAUGGACUCGGCCAUGACACCGGAGCUAUUGGGCAACGUCGUGGAUGGAGCCAGGAAGGCCAUAACAGGGCUGUGGGAGUUGCAGUCUCUCUGUUUUUCCCCCUGA